CUCUCUCUCUCUCUCUCACACUCAGCUAUAUAUAUCUACAUAUCGACGAAACGGAAAAAAACACAUAUUCAUGGAGGGCACGAGCAAAGAGUCGAAGCCGAGGUUUAAGAAGGGUUUUUGGAAGCCAGAAGAAGACUUUAUACUUAGGAAAUAUGUGGAGACUCAUGGAGAAGGAAACUGGACUACUCUUUCCAAAAAAUCAGGUUCGAUGAGGGGUGGUAAGAGCUGCAGGCUGAGAUGGAAGAACUAUUUGAGACCAAACAUCAAACAUGGUAUGAUGUCUGAAGAUGAAAAGGAUCUCAUAAUUAGGCUUCAUAAGCUUCUAGGCAACCGAUGGUCGUUGAUUGCGGGUAGGCUACCGGGGCGUACGGACAACGAAGUGAAGAACUAUUGGAAUACACAUUUGAACAAGACUAAACUUUGUCCCACUAUUACGACGACUAGUAAAAAACGGCAACUAUCAUUGUCGACGACGAGUCGUCAUCAGGAACACGUGGGAGAGAAGAAAGAAACUACUGCGGACAAUAGUAAUGUUGUCGAUUCUUGGGUCGAUCACAAGACGACGACGAAGAUCAAAACCUAAUUAAAUUAAAUAAUAUUGAAGAACUAGACUACUAUAGUAACGAUUGUCCGAUAUUGAUCGAUAAUAUGCGAUACUCGCCCCCGUUGGAUUUCAUUGAGGAGGAUGCAUUUAUGAUGAUGACGAUGAUGCCUAAUUUGUUCGACGUUAGUAAUAAUUAUUUCGUCGCGCCGCCGUUGUUUGGAAUCGGAGGCUGCAGCAGCCCGGAUAAUGAAAUAUUCACGACCGGAACGCCAUUUUUCCUCUAAUGAUGUGUGCUGAUUAAUUAUUAUAUUAUGGCUUAUAAAUUAUAAUAAUUUAUUUAAUUUAGGCAGUAAUUUUAUUUAAUGAUGAAGUUUCGUUUAUGCAUAUUAUGUGUGAUUUCUUCUGUCAAUUUCUCUGUUUGUGAGUAGUGUUGAAUUGGAACAAACUCACUGAGUUGUGUUGAAUGUGUUAUUUUUUGUGAUUGUAUUGUUAUGUAUGUUAUUAAUGGAUAUGAAUUUCAACAAGGGGUAUUGGUUUCGGUUUUGGAUUUUGAUUUCGGUUUC